CAACAGUGACAUAAAGUGUCAUUUGCGUGUUUUUUUAUUCGUUGGUAGGCUAAUAAGAUUCUAUUAACCUUUUUGUGAUUCUCUUAUAUCUGUGCGACUAAUAUAAUGGCACAAUACUAAAAGAAUAAUCAAACAGUCUGAAAGAUCAAUGGAGAAAAUCUGAGGCUAAUCUCCAAUAAUAUUAUUCCCUGCAUAUAAAGGAGGAAAAAAAAGCUCUAAUGGAAAGAGACAGAGUUAAACAAGAUAUGGGUAUCAUCCAAGCCGCAAUUGGAGACGCAAUCUUGACCUCCAUGUGGGUCUUCAGCAAACCUGCAGCCAAGGUUUUAACAAUCAUAAUAGCAGCAUAUCUUGGUGUUCAAGCUAGAUCCUUUCUGGGUCUAUUCAUCAGCACAGUAUUAGCCACAAGUUUGGUUGUAAUCUUCAGCUUUAUUGGGAAAGCUUUGGGUGGAGCAAAUUUCAAUCCUUCUACCACUGCCUGUUUCUAUGCUGCGGGUCUCAAACCCGAUUACUCUCUCAUCUCCAUGGCCGUACGGUUCCCAGCUCAAGCCGUUGGUGGAAUUGGUGGUGCCAAAGCAAUUCUCCAAGUGAUGCCCCAAAAGUACAGGGAAUUGCUUAAAGGUCCUUCUUUGAAAGUGGAUUUGCACACUGGGGGGGUCGCAGAAGGAAUUUUGACAUUUUUGUUUAGUUUUGCUCUGCUUGUUAUUGUUUUCAAAGGUCCUAGAAAUAUGAUUUUGCAGGUUUACAUGCUUGCAGUGGCUACAGUGGGUUUGGCUAUUGCUGGUUCUGGGUAUACAGGGCCUUCCAUGAACCCUGCUAAUGCUUAUGGUUGGGCAUAUGUAAAUAAUUGGCACAAUACUUGGGAGCAAUUCUAUGUUUAUUGGAUUUGCCCUUUCAUUGGAGCAAUUAUUGCUGCUGGGGUUUUCAGAAUUUCGUUUACCCCACCUGUAAUGAAGCAGAAAAAGGCCUGAACAUGAAUAGUGGUAGUUCACCAAAAAGCCUGAACAGUAGAAGGAGCUUUAUGACAGUGUAUGCUUAUGUAUUUUAGUCAUUUUCUCCAUAGCUAAAAAGAUGCCUUGCUACUGGUGAUUUUAGAAUUGAUUCCAGCUUGUGAGUUUUCCUUUU